CAUAAUUCAAAUGGCUAACGGUCACUAUGCCCAUUUUGGCUUACGUGAAGGAAUUGAAUUUUCAUUGAGAAGUUAUUUUUAUAAUUAUCCGAACGAAGUAAAAUUUGAUAUCAGCGUUGAUGGUCUACCUCUGGCAAAAAGUUCUUCGAGUCAAUUUUGGCCUAUAAUGGGUUCGGUCGUUUCAGAUUGCUACACCGAUCCAUUUGUAAUCGGUAUAUUCCACGGUAUGAAAAAACCUGCGGAUGUUAACGAAUUCCUUAGACCUUUGGUAGAUGAACUGAAACAUUUGCAGCAAGAAGGUUUCGUUAUUGAUAAUAAAAAUAUCAAAGUAACUUUAAACGCUAUAAUUGCUGAUGCGCCAGCAAAAGCCUUUGUAACUCAGGUUAAGGGACACACUGGUUAUUUUGGUUGUUCAAAGUGUAUACAAGAAGGAGACUUUCUGCAAAAUAGAGUAAUUUUCCCUGAAGUAAAUUCUACUGAAAGGACGGAUGAAUCAUUCAGGUUAAAACAACACCCUGAACAUCAUAUAGGAAAUACAUGUCUUGAAAAACUAAAAAUUGGAAUGGUAUCGCAGGUACCACUCGACUAUGCGCACCUUACUUGCUUAGGUUGUUUGAAACGGUUAAUUCAACGUUGGGUAAAAGGAAAACGUGACGUUAGAUUGCAGGAAAAUACACAAAAUUCGAUUAAUGCCAGUCUAAUCGUAUUGAGACCGUUCAUAACCAGCGAAUUUGCUCGACUCCCAAGAAGUUUGCAUGAAAUAGAUAGAUGGAAAGCCACGGAAUUGAGACAAUUUCUUCUUUAUACUGGACCAGUUGUUCUACGAAAUCUACUACCAGUGAAAUAUUAUGAACAUUUUGUUGUAUUAAGCGUUGCUAUAAGGAUCUUGGCUGACCCAGAGUAUUGUACCGUAUUGAUUGAUUAUGCACAAUCGCUGCUUACUUGGUUUGUUAGCAACUACGGGAGCUUGUAUGGACAUCAGUUUCUCUCAUAUAAUGUACACAAUUUAGUACAUUUAUGUAAUGAUGUCAGAAAGUUUGGGCCGGUAGAUAACUUCAGCUCGUUUAAGUAUGAGAAUAACAUGCAGAAGAUUAAAAAUCAACUCAGGACGAGUGGUAAACCCUUAGAGCAAAUCUUUCCCGAUACGGACUGUGUUUCGGAAGUUUCGGCUUGUUGGCUAAGAAUAAGUGACAAUAAGGCACAAUGUUGGUGGCCUGAGAGAUCAAAAAAUGUAGCAUCUUUAAUAUCCAGUUGUUCUCCACCUGUUGAAUCGAAGUGGGUUUUGUACAACGUAGAAAUAGAGCGCUACUGCUCUAAUCUUGAUAAGGCAAGGAAAGUUGCGGGAAAUCCGACGUAUACCAGUACUGACGACGAACUUCUUGGGAGAGGAAAGAGAAUAACUAUGCCGCAGCAAGACCAAUCAACAAGCGAUGAAGAAUCAACAGAUCCUGGAAUAAGUGUAGGCCGGCCACCUUCGAUGCCAACCGUAAACGAAAGUGUAAUGAAUAAAUCAGCAACUUUGAUUGGUCAGUCUUUAUUGGUUCUGAAUAAUAAUCACGAAACCUUGCCACCGAAUUCAGUCGGUAAGAAAACAUUUUUCUUUGCGUUGUAUGUCUACUCGUUAGACUGUCUCAGUACUCAAUAA